AUGUUCUUCACCUGUCGGGGUAAUGAUCUCAAUGAGGCCGCUCCUCAGCGCGGUGCUCGCGUCAAUGUCCUCUUGAAGCAGCACCCAUCGCCGAAUGAGGUGGCAUCUGACUCGCCUGCGGAGCGCCACCAGGGCAACGCCCAGGGGUUGACGAAGCGUGACAGAAAGUCCAAACAUAGACUGAGACGUUGCAAUCGCGAGAUCUGCAACUGCAACAAUCAGCAUUCCCCCCCCCGUCGUAUGCCCGUGACUCAAGAAGACGAUGGGAAGAUGACUGGCACGGACCCCCAUUGCACUAACGCUCUUGAGAUAAAAGGCUGCAUCCUAUCAGCUCUCGCGAUGCGAUGGCUCGUAUCCAAAUCAUCUGGUUCCUCUUUGAAUGAUAAGGAGCGUUAUUGUGCCCUGGCACCACAUCAUGGCCUCUUCGUAUUGACCAGUUGCGAUGUUCACGUCUAUUACCGCGUCGUUUGUGGGCCACCCGACGGGCCGAUAGAAGUCCCAGGAGUGCUUGAUGAAUGUCGCGCGCUCUCGCUGGAGCAGCAAUGCUGCUUGCGACGCUACCACCAGGGAUAUUGA